AUGAAACCGAAACGAAAAAUCUCGUAACACCCUGUGGCCAUCUGUGGCAGUGAGCAGAGAUUGCGCGCACACACCACCGACGAAGACGAGGCGAGCGGUGCUGAGACAGCUGACUAAACUCUCUUUCUGAUUCCAACAGGAGCUUGAUCUUGAUCUUGACGGCAAAGCCUCCCCACUUUCCCCGGCUUUUGCGGCAUCUUUUCCCAGUUCCUGCUCUAAUCAUGGAGGCAGCAGAUCUUUUAUGUGACUCGCUCUUCCGCUGGAUGGAGAACAGAAAGGAAUGUGCAGAAAAGCUGUUGGAACUGGCGCAAGAGCUGGAAAAUGUUCGCCAGGGCAGCAACAUCGCUCAGGUGGUUGGAGCUGCUGCAUCUGUGGCCUCAAUAACUGGAGCAGCAGUUGCCACUUUCUUCACAGGAGGUCUGGCCUUCCCUCUGUUGGUUGCUGCAGCAGUCUCUUCCCCAUUGGUAGAGGCAGGUAUCUCCAGGAGUAAAUUUAAUAAAGCUACUGAAUUAAUUAAAGAAAAUGAGAAGGUUGGGACAAGCAUUCAGAAGCAGCUGCGAGAUCUGAAGGACCAGUGUGGAGGAACACAGCUCGGGGAUCAUGCUGAUGAGUUGGACUGUGAGGUGACCACUCAACUGAUGUGGGCUCUGGCCAGAAGAGAUAGUACUCAUGUACCCCUGGACUUUCUCAGAGAUUUCAACAGGGCCACGUUCUAUCGUCACAUGACACCAGGUGGACUGGAUCCAGCCAAUGCCUCACACUUUAUUGGCCAAUCUCUGAACCUCAUUAGUUUUACUGCUGUGAUCACGGGGAGCCUGAUGUUAUCUGCCAAAGGAAUGGGGAAGAACAUUGGACAAAUUGGCAUUAAAGCUGCUGCUAAAGCAGGAUCAAGGGCUCUGGGUGCGACUGGUUUUGGCCUCUGUGUGUACGACCUGAUUGAUAAGAGUGAAGAAUUAGUAAAGGGCAAACGAUUCACGGAGGCCAGCGAGCUCUUACGGGAUUCAGCCAGAGAAAUACUGGAAGGCCAACAAGAGCUACAGGAACAGCUGGAUGCAAUGCACAAAAUCAACCAAAAAUUAUUCAGAAUGAAGAACCUCAUCAAGAACUUGGAGGGAUAUUCUCUCAGCCUGACUGGAGAUGGAAAGAAGAUAAUAGAUUAUAUCAUGGAAACAUGUACAGACAACAGAGUUGUCUCCUGGCUUCAGGAAUUAACUAAAAAUCAGACUGAAUUUGUGAAUCUACUUACAUUUGUUAAGGAGACAUUGAGUCAAAAAGAAGAUGAAGAAGAAGUGUUUAAGAAGAAGAAGUUGAGGCGUCCAGGCGGAGGUCACACAGACAUCGUGUUUGUGGCUCAUGGUGCAAUUGUCGACCAAUUUAUGCCAGCAGCUUUCCUGGUGCCCACACCUACCAUCAGAGACACCAUUCUUUACUCUCCGUGGAACUGCGCCAUUAAUGCUCGUGCUGCAUUUGGAAUUGCUCAGGGGAACAUUGAUGUGACAAACAGACAGUUUUACAAUAGGAAUGGCAAUACAGUUGACUAUGAGCCGAACCCUUUGCCAGAUCGCUGGAAUAGCAUGCGAGGAUCUCUCCACAACAUCCCAGGGAUCCUUCUAGCCCCUGUAACCCCUGAAGAAGUAGCUUAUACCAAUUUUCUAAAGCUUUGGAUGAAUAGAGGCAUGGAGAACGAAGACCGUAUUAUAAUCCCAUAUUUUAGCCCAGAAAAUCUGGUAAACGCAUUUGGAGCGAUCCCCCUGUACAUGUUCAUAUUUGUGACAUCAUUCAUACUCAUGCUCAAUGGUAAAACAGCUACUGUGCACCUGGCUGCUUGUUUGAACCGCCUUGAAGGAAGUCCACUUAGGCCAGUAGAGUGGAGAACACAGUAUGCCUACACCAAUGAUGGAACCGGUAUGACUAUGAACAUGGAUGAUAGGUACAUGAACUCUAUGUUAUUCAGAGCCUUAAGAUCAAUGUUUGACAGAAACCAUGACUAAAUUACAUGCAUCUGGAUCAUUCCUGAUAUGUAGUACCAUGAGCGACCCAGAGUGCUGCAGUUUAAUGCGUAAGACCAGCCCAUUUAUUCAUGUUGGAAGAACUUUGAUAACAGAAGUCAGAGUUUAGGUCUUUCUAUCUCAUCAUAUUUACUACUGACAUGUUUCAAACGCAACAUAAAGAUAAAUUACAAAUUUCAUACUGAGGAUUGUGCAGUCAAUGCCAAUUCCAACUCUGAUUUCAAGUGUUGUAAUCAUCUCCACUCUUUCCUAUUGUAAUGUCUUGAGAAAGACAAAGAAAGGAGCUUUUAAAAUGAAAGCUUUAAUGCAGAACACAGAACAACAUCAACAGGCACAGCAGCUUACGCCGCUCUUAUAUUUUCUCAUACGCACUUCCUGAAUUCUCCUCAUUAACCCUGUAAAUGCUGGUGCUGAAGAAAACAGCACAACUAUUACAGACUCACUGCUGUGCUGCAGUAUAGUGCUGUAUAUACAGGAGAUCAAUUACAGUGUGAAAUACAUUACUCAUUAUAGCAAAAAACAAACUUAUGAAAUGCUGCUUUAAUAAUAACUACAGAUGGAUCUGCUGCAUGUCAUAUCAAAAAUGGCUACGUUAUAUAGUAUAUUAGUUGUGCUUAUAGAUGUGCAGUUGACGUGUUUGAUGGAGUCAUAAAAAGCUUGUUUUUUGAGUCACUUGCUUUCUGUGUAAAACGUAUGGGUUUCACCUGUAUUCAGCCUAAUUAAUCUAAUCUAUUAAUAACCUGAUCUAAGCAUUAUAUAAUUCUAUUAUUCAUUUAUAGUCAUCUAAUUUUUCUUAUACUGUCUUAUACUCUUCCAUGGUAACACUUAUAAUUAAUAAAGUAAUUAAAAAAUAAUUUGCAAACUAUUAGUUAGUGCAUUGUUUAUUAAUAGUAUCGUUAACACAUUAACAUGCUACAGAAUAUACAAAUAAGUUCUUCAUUCAUUGUUACUGUUAACAAUUUAUUUUUAUUUUUUAAUCAGCUCAUAUGUAAACACUUAGCCCCUGGUUUCACAGACAAGGCUUAAAAUAGUCCUAGACUAAAAUGCAUGUUUGAGCUGUUCUAACUGAAAGUAACUUGUACUGUUAUACCUUAAAAUAUGUCAAUGGCAUUGUUUUGUCUCAAGAUAAACACCAGUAAUGCUUUUUUCUAGUGUAAGUUUAUAAAAGCUACUUAAAUGCCCUAAUUGAACUAAGGCCUAAUCCUAUCUUAGGCUAAGCCCUGUCUGUGAAACUGGGCCUUAAUGUUUGUCAACAACUUGAUAAAUACAUCUGAUGUAAUUUAAAGUAUGUAUUAAAUGAUCUGUUAAUCAUUAUCAAGUUAUGUAAAUGCUUAUGUAUGAAGCAAAUUUAAGGCUUUAUUAUAGUGUCUAUCAUGGAAUUAAUGUAUAAUAAUGGAAGGAUUAAAGCACACAAUUAUUUAAUUACAUUUUAGAUACAUUUUAAUCUUAUUCUUUGUUUUUCUUCUGCACUUGUGAUUAUUUCAUUCUUUUUUUGUAAGUCAUUUUUAUGUAAAGCAAUUUGAAUUGUCAUUCUGUAUGACAUGCUGUAUUAAUAAACUUAU